UGGUGCCAGCACCCCCACUGGGCCUCAUGUGGACGCUGGCACUAAGUGUGGCUUUCCUGGAGGCUGCCCAGGCCUGUCUCUUCUGCCGCCUCCCAGCGCAUGGCUUGUCGGGCCGCCUGGCUCGGCUCUGCAGCCAGAUAGAGGCCCAGUGGAAGGACUGUGAGGCCUCCUGGAACUUCUCCACCUUUGCCUUAGAUGAGGAGUCCAUGAACAAGGUCACGGAGAAGACUCACAGGGUCCUGAGGGUCAUGGAGAUCAAAAGGUCUUUCUCCUCGCUCCCUCUAUAUUGGCAAUGGCUUCAGAAGACCAAGUUUCCUGAGUACAACAGGGAAGGUACUGAUGGGAGGAGGGCCUGGGGCCUGGGGCGAAGGGGUGUGUGGCUGAACGGCUCAUCCGUGCCCACCCCUCCUUGUCUUCCGUUUCAGCUCUCUGCAGUCCCGCCUGUUGUGAGUAGGAAAGGAGAGGCAGUGAGGACCAGGGGCCCGGCUCCCAGGAGAGCCUGCAGUGGGCGGAGGAAGUGGGAUAGUCCGAGGCUGGAGUCGGGGCUUCCCCUCCCCAGCUCUGUCCCGCUGUCUCCUGCAGGGGGCAGCACCAUCCUGUACAACUGCUCCACCUGCGAGGGCUUUGAGGUGCUCUGCUGGCCCCAAAAGCGCUGCUUCCCAGGAAGUCACGAUCUUCGGGAAGCCAGGAUUCUGCUCCUCUGUGUCUUUGGAACUAUCCUGCUCCUGGGCGUCCUAAGCCUUGUGGUGGAGUGA